AUGGUUGUCUUAUUUUCAUCGUGGCUGGCACUUGAACUUUCCAAAAUGUCAAAAUCAUCAAAAAAUUUUAUUACAUUUGAACAAGCACUUAAAAAAUAUGAUUUUCGACAACUCCGAUUAUUAUGUCUGUCACACUCAUGGUCAUUUACUUUAAAUUAUAGUGAUCAUGAAAUGAACAAAGCUGUUAUUUAUGAAGUAAUGCUUAAUGAUUCUUUUUUUCAUGACGUCAAAACACAUUUAGGUGUAUUUCAAGUAUCAAGUAAUGCAAAUGCUGUUACAAAAUUCGACGAACAUGGUCGAACAUUCAAUGAACAUUUCUCAACAAGAGCUCAAUGUUUUUCUGGUGAUUCAUUAAUUAAAUUAUCAAAUGGUGAAUAUAAAGAAAUUGGUAAUCUUCAAUCUAGUGAUGAAAUAAUAACUAUUGAUCAAUCAAAAACAAUUUCAACAGAAAUGAUAAUGAUGUUAGAUAAACAAAUUUCAAAACAAGCAUUAUUUUAUACGUUAAGAACAGAUUCUGGUAAUGAAAUAAGUUUAACAGAAUAUCAUUUAAUCCCAACAAUAAAUUCAAAUGGAAAUGAAAAUUAUUUAUUUGCAAAACAAAUUAAAAUAGGAGAUUAUUUAUUUGUUCUAUUUAAUGGAAAAUUAAAAUAUUCUCCAGUAAUAAAUAUAACAAUUGAAAUGAAAAAAGGUUAUUAUGCUCCAUUAACAAUGAAAGGUACUUUAUUAAUAAACAAUGUUUUAGCAAGUUGUUUUGCAAAUGUUAACAAUCAUCAUUUAGCACAAUAUUAUAUGACACCUUUUCAUUAUUAUUAUAAAUUUGCUCGAUUUAUGUCUUUAUAUGAUCCAUUUAAUAUUAAUAAAACUGAAGUUCGACCAGAUUAUAAAGAAUAUUACGAUGACAUUUUAAUUCUACAAUGGCUGAAGUCUCUAAAAACAUCUAAAUCGAUUGCUCAACAUGUAGCUAUUUUUGAACAAAAUCUUUGUCAAUUGGUCGAAGAAUUAAAAGAAUUUACCUUUCUCGAUAUUUAUGGUGAAAUUCAUUAUGAAAAAAUUGAACCUUAUCGUUUAAUGGUUCAAGCUCGCUUUCCUAAUAGUCGAAUAGAUGUUGCAAUAUCAAGAUUUCGUCUUUGGCUUUAA